AUGCUCGUCUCUAGUCUUUUACCGCUAGUCCUCGCCGGCUCUGCCCAGGCUCUCAACAUCCUGCUAAACAAUGACGACGGCUUUGCUUCGGGUAACCUGCGAGAAGUAUAUCGCCUAUUAAACGAGGCUGGCCACAAUGCUUGGAUCGUUGCACCAGCCACUAUGCAGAGCGGCAUGGGCGGUAAAAGCGACUUUAGCAGAGAAGGCAACCUUACAGCCGCGUCACAGUACGACUUGAUUCCCAAGGGCGCCCCAUCUAUUGGCAGUGAUCCCCACGACAGCCACAUUUGGUACUACAAUGGCACUCCUGCGGCUUGCACAUUUGUCGCCCUCGACUAUGUGCUGCCUCGCUUUGCCGAUUUCAAGGUUCCCGACCUCGUUCUAACUGGGCCCAACUUUGGAACCAACCUAGGACCCUUUGUCUGGACUCUUUCGGGCACUGCCGGUGCCGCCUAUGCCGCCACUCACCGCAGCAUCCCUGCCAUUGCGCUCUCCGGUAGCAACCGGGAGGUGCCCUACUUUGACGUGAAGAACGGCAGCGACCCAGCCACACUCGUCGCCAAAGUGGCCGUCAAGGUCGUCGACCAGGUCAUCAGGAGCAGCCUCAAGGGCGGCCCCUUACUACCUCUCGGAUACGGCCUCAGCGUCAACAUACCGGAGCUCAAAGCCAACGGCACCGAGCCGGAGAUUGUGCGCACACGCAUGACGGGCAACGCGCAGGUCAACGAAGCCGUGUGGGACCCCAAAAAGGGCAUCUUUACAUGGGCCAAUCUGAAACCCUACGCCGCGGGUGUGAAUGCGUGCGUCCAUGGCGACUGCUCUCUGCCAGGUGAGACGUACGUGGUCGAGAACGGUGGAAUCUCCAUCUCCAUUUACACGGUCGACUAUGAUGCGCCUUUGAGCGAGUACGCUAGCAGCAUCAUGCAGCGACUCGCGCCUCUGACCAAAGCCGAUUAA